CUCGAGCUCCACCCUCUCCUGACACACCUGAGACGAUCCAGGAAACAUCUGUUCGUCACCGAAGAGACGCAGGACGAAAACCAGACGAUCAACUUCACCGUCCAAACCAAACCAAACGUCCUCUGAGUGAGUCCAGCUACAGGAGACAAGAGGAAACCUACAACCUGCCGACGCUCCACACACUGACCCUUCACCUGGAGACUCAAUGGCUUCCAGAUUAGAAGAGGAUCUCUGCUGUCCCGUCUGCCAUGAUGUCUUCAGAGAUCCUGUCCUUCUGUCAUGUAGCCACAGCUUCUGUAAAGACUGUGUGAAGAGCUGGUGGAAAGACAAAGAAGUAAAAGACUGUCCACUUUGUAAGAGAAGAUUUUCAAUGGAUGAACCACCUCUGAACCUGGCGUUAAAGAACCUGUGUGAGACCUUCUCACAGGAGAGAGAUCAGAGCUCUUCACAUGCUCUCUGCAGUCUGCACUCAGAGAAACUCAGACUCUUCUGUCUGGACCAUCAGCAGCCAGUGUGUCUCGUCUGCAGAGAUUCAGAAAAACACACCGACCACAGAUUCAGACCCAUCGAUGAAGCUGCACAACAACACAAGAAGMAGCUUCAGGAAACUCUGGAGCCCCUGAAGAGGAAGUUAAAGUGUUUUCAACGUGUUCAAGAAGAGUUUAAACAAACAGCAGGACACAUUCAGGUCCAGGCCGGACGCACAGAGACGCAGAUCAAGGAGCAGUUUAAAAAGCUUCACCAGUUUCUGGAGGAGGAAGAGGAGGCCAGGAUGGCUGCACUGAGGGAGGAAGAGGAGCAGAAGAGUCGGGUGAUGAAGGAGAAGAUUGAGGCUCUGACCAGAGACAUAACGGCUCUUUCAGACACAAUCACAACCACAGAGGACGAGCUGAGAGCUGAAGACGUCUCGUUCCUGCUCAACUACAAGGCUGCGGUGGAACGAGUCCAGCAGCGCCCCCUGCUGGAGGAUCCACAGCUGGCCUCAGGAGCUCUGAUAGAUGAGGCCAAACAUCUGGGCAACCUGAGCUUCAACAUCUGGAACAAGAUGAAGGACCUGGUCUCCUACAGUCCUGUGGUUCUGGACCCAAACUCUGCUCAUCCAGGACUCGUCCUGUCUGAAGAUCUGAUCAGUUUGAGACUAGGAGAGAGACAGAAGCUUCCUGACAAUCCAGAGAGGUUUGAUUAUUACGCCUCAGUCCUGGGAUCUGAGGGUUUUAACUCAGGGACUCACAGCUGGGACGUCCUGGUUGGAGACAGUACAUUCUGGACACUGGGUGUGUCAGCAGAGUCUGUCCAGAGGAAGGGAGACAAACUGUCUGGAUUCUGGGGAAUAUGGUUCAAUGAAGGUAAAUACUUUGCAGUGUCAUCAUCAGGAUCAUCUGUUCUCUCUGUGCAGAAGAUCCAGAGGAUCAGAGUGAAACUGGACUGGAACAGAGGAGAAGUGUCGUUCUCUGAUCCUGAUACUAACAAACACAUUCACACCUUCAGAGACACUUUCACUCWGAAGAUGUUUCCAWUCUUUAGCACUGGAGAUCCGUCCUCACUGAAGCUGUUACCUGUGAAUGUGUCUGUGGAUCAGAGCAGUUACAGAUAAAGAUUUGAUUUGUCAUGUUGUUGAAUUUAACUGUUCAACUCGUUUUUCUAAAGCUUCGUUUAUUUCUGCUUUUACUUCUCACUCACUUUUAUUUCUACUGUCGACUUUUCCACGUGUGUAAAGAGAGUUCAUUAUUUUCUGAUCUUUCUCUUUGGUUUGUUUUUUUAUUUUCAUGGAAAAUGUUUGUGAUCAUUUAGAUUUUGUGUGGAUCCAUGAAGACGAGCAAACUGAUGAAGAUCCACAUCAAAACACAUUCAUCAAUAACAGCUGAUCAUUGUUCACAUUCAACAAACUUUAUUAAAACUCMGACAUGAGACAUGAUUCAUGUUGAAUGACAUAAAGUCUGUUCACAUGUGAAAUAAUCCAACAUGUAUGAACAUGUGUCUGUUUGAUGUGAUGAAGCCAAAAUGAUUGUGUCUGUCAAAGUGUUGAUUCAACAGCAGCCUAGUGAAUGAUGGGAUUUUAAUAUUGGGAUGAAAAAUAAUAAAAAGUCUCCGACAGAAACAGAGUUUGGACCUUUUUGAACUUGAAAUGUAAAUAUGAAGCCAAAUGAUUGUGUGUGUCAAAGUGUUUUCAUUCCUCAACAACAAACCAACAGAGGUUUAGUUCAGCUUCAACAUUUCAAUUCCUCCUAAAUGCUGAAUGUGCAUCGACUCCUGUUUUUCACAAACAUAAUCUAAUGUGGUCCUGUUCAUGUUCUGCUUCAUGUUGAAACGUCUCCUGCUGCUGUGACACACAAACGUUCAGUAGUAGAGUGAUCACAGUCUGCAGCCAUCUUGUUUCUGACCGCUCCUUCCUGGUUGUGUCGUCAUCAGUGUGUGACUGCAGAUCAAUCUACUGACUGAAUGUUUCAUCAUGUGUUCAUCAAGUGUUCGAACACAGACGCACAUUUACAACAUGUCUAAAUGUUCUGCAUGACAAAACGUUUGAAUGAGUUGCAAACAAAGAUGGAGGAACUUGGAGUUUGGUUUCAGAAACGAGGGAAGUUCUUGAACGUGACCUCGUGUCUUCCUCAAACGUCACAGUUAAUUAUCUGUUGGAGGAAGUGACGGCUGCCUCUGACACACCAGGAACUGGUACUUGAUGUAUUACUUGAUGUAUUACUUGAUGUAUUACUUGAUGUAUUACAUUUAGCAUGACUACUGCAGGUUUGUACCUGCUGCUCUCACUGUCAUUUUUCUUCCUGUCAACGCAAUGCAUGAUGGUACAUAUAUAGCUCGGUGACCAUCAUGAUGCAUUGUGGGAAACACUGAGUUCACUGGUUAGGGUAUAAAAACUUCACUAAAUAUUUGGACAGUACUACAGAAGUGAGUGAUUUAACAAUCCGCAUGAGUCAUGAUGGCCGAGUCUCUGUCCUGGUGAAUUACUUGAUGUAUUAUUUGAUGUAUUACUGCAUUACAGCACAGUUUUACAUCACACAUUGUGAAUGUGACAUUCAUACAGUGUACUAUGUGCAGUACUUUCUCGAUGAGUUCAGUAUCUUGCCCAAGGAUUCUUUGGCAUGCAGACUAGGGAAGACCGGAAUCGAACCAUUGACCUUCUGGUUAGAGAACGACCGCUGAACCACAGCCGCCCAGUUGAAGGAGGCGGAGUCAAAUGUUACCUGCUCGCUCUGAUUGGAUCAGACGACAAAUCCCUGUCUAAUUACUAAUCAUCUUUAUAAAUACAAAGACUAUGUGAACAUGUAGUUGAGUAGAAAGUACAUACAUUUGAUGAUAUAUGUAGUGAAGUAAAAGUGAAAAGUACAUGAAGAGAAAUCUACUUAAGUAGAGAUACAUGAAAAAGUACAGAAAGUAAGUAGAUGUACUGCGUUACCUCUAACAGUGAAACCACGUGAGUAGUGGAAAUAAAGGAUGCAGACAGUUGUCAUGAAUGUAUUCACACUGGUACAGACAGUUCAUGGUCCCUGAUCCACAUGUCCAAACAUUAAGAGAGUCCACAGAGCCUCUCGCUGACCUCCCACAGUUUACGGGCCACGGCGUCAUCUCGGGCUCGGGCGCACACUUCCUGUACGGCGCAGCAGAAGAAGUAUCGUCCGCUCAGAGGUUCGAUUCCCUCCUGCAGGGCGCAGUGCAGUGUGGUCUGAGCUCCGGCCUCCGGGUCGAGGAACAGCAGCCGAGCAAUGGGCUCGAUGAAAAUCUUCUGCCACAGGCUGACGUGUCUGGACAGCUCAGUGCGGACGA